AUGGAGACCAGGUUGUACAAACGGCGUUGGGUCAUGCUCUUCCUCUUCUUCAUCUACUCCAUGAGCAAUGCCUUCAUGUGGCUGCAGUACAGCAUCAUCAGCAACAUCUUCAUGCGCUUCUAUGGCAUCAACACCAUGGCCAUUGACUGGCUCUCCAUGAUCUAUUUCCUCACCUACAUCCCUCUCAUCCUGCCUGUCAUGUGGCUGCUCGACAACCGAGGUCUCAGGGACAUCGUGGUGGUGGGCUCGGCCUUCAACUGCAUUGGAGCUUGGAUCAAGACGAGCACGGCCCACCCCGACAUGUUUGCCAUGACCUUCUUCGGCCAAUUUGUGUGCUCAGUGGCCACAGUUUAUAUCCUGGGCAUCCCAUCCAGACUUGCGUCCCUGUGGUUUGGGCAGCAGGAGGUGUCCACCGCCUGUUCCAUUGGCGUUCUGGGAAACCAGAUGGGUAUUGCCAUCGGGUUCCUGAUCCCACCCAUCCUUGUGCCUAAUGUGGACGAUGUGAACGAGCUGGCGUACCACAUCAAAAUCAUGUUCUACAUCAGUGCUGGAGUGGCCACCGUCAUCUUCGUCCUCGUCGUCAUCGUGUUUCAGGAGAGACCAGAAAUCCCUCCAACGCAGGCCCAGGCUCAGGCCAGAAGCAUUCUCCCUGACGAAUAUUCCUACACAGCUUCUAUUUUGAGGCUGCUGCGCAACAAACCUUUCAUGCUCCUGGUAGUCAGCUAUGGGCUGAAUGUCGGCUGCUUCUAUGCUGUUUCCACCUUGUUGAACCGGAUGAUCAUUGAACAUUAUCCUGGUGAAGAGGUGAAUGCCGGGAGAAUCGGUCUGACCAUUGUCAUUGCUGGCAUGGUGGGAUCCCUCAUAUGUGGCAUUUGGCUGGACAAGACUAAAACCUAUAAGCAAACCACCUUCAUCGUGUAUAUCCUCUCUUUGGUUGCGAUGCUGGUGUAUGCCUUCACCCUCAACCAGGGUCACUUGUGGGUGGUGUUUCUCACAGCUGGACUUUUAGGCCUCUUCAUGACAGGAUACCUGCCUCUGGGCUUUGAGUUUGCAGUCGAGCUCACUUAUCCAGAAUCGGAGGGAACCUCAUCUGGACUUCUCAACUGUUCAGCUCAGAUCUUUGGAAUCAUUUUCACCAUCUCCCAAGGGAAGAUCAUUGAUAAAUGGGGCACUUUAGCAGGAAACAUCUUCCUGUCUAUCUUUCUGCUAAUAGGAACAAUAAUUACAGGAUUAAUCAAGUCUGACCUCCGACGGCAGAAGGCCAACCUGCAGGCCGAGGUGCAGACAGUGAGUGUAAGUACAUCCGUGUGCGCUGCAUGAAGUCAGCGGUGGGAUCUUCACCCUGUGGAGAGGGCAUGUGUUAGAUGCCGCCCUGGUUUGAGGCUGAAUUCACUCUGCUGGCUGCUUCUCUGCAGUCCUCACACUGCAGUGCACUGUUUCACACGAGUGAAUGCAGGAGUUGCACUGCGCUGUUUGGUGGAAACUUUCUCUUUCAUCACACUAAAAA